CACAGGCCGGUGAGCCCAGCAACCCCUCCGGCACUGCAUGCGGGUCCCACCCGCCGGACGCGGCAGCUCAGCCAACAGCACGCAUACGCAUACGGCAUACCGCAGCACCGCCAGCAGGUUACAUAUAAACCCUCCCACGACGGAAGAAACCCCCGACGAAAUAAAAAGAUUCUCUCUCCUUUUCUUUUUCUUCUCUCCACCCGCUUCUCUCUGUUGAUUUCUGGCCGGGGUUGGCUGGCUUGGUUCUCCUUCUGGCUGCUCGCUCGCCUGCAACCGCCAAGGGACAGGAAGCAAGAAGGAUUGGACCGCCGUCCGCCGGGACACCUCUUCCUGAUCCAAAUCCAAGGGACGGACAGCUAAAGUAGCUGUGGAAUAUGGAAGUCGAGCAGGCCGCCGAAGUAAGCGCUCCAGAGACGGCUGAUCUUAACGUGCCUGCUAAGACGCCGGCACACGAUGAUGAUAAAGAAAAAGUACCCAAUGGUAAUACAAAUUUGCAAGUCAAGGAAACACACAAUGAUGAAGACGAUGGAACUGGAUCUGAUGGGUUUGAACUGAUAGAUGUGAAGGAAAACUUUGACUCAGCAAAAGUGGGGGAAGAAAUCGCUGCUUCAAGAAGUACUACGGUUGAUACAUCUCCUGUUACAGAACAAAGUGAAACACAAGAAGAAAAAAUAACAGCACCUGAAGAACAAUCAGUUGCAGCAAACACAAGACAUGUAGAGUCCUCAAUGUUGAACCAACAAACAGAACAGUUGGAAAAGCUGACAAGGCGUAUUGAGGAGCUUGAAUCUGAAAAAGAUAAACUAGUAAAGGACUUGACAGAAGCAGAAAACAAACAGAGCAUGCACUACAGUUCUCUACAAGAAGCUCAAAGCUCUCUUUCUAUGAAAGAUAAGGAGCUGGCUGAAGCAACAGAGUCGCUGAAGGAGCUGGGUUCUGAGCUUGAAACCUCAAAAAAGAGGGUUCAAGAAAUUGAAGCUGAAUUGGAUUCAUCAGCAGAUAAGCUUCGUAAACUUGAAGAGCUGAAGGAUGAAAGAAGCUUGCAUGCUGCACAGGAGGCGAAGAGGGCUUCAGAACUUGAUAAGAUGCUGGAACUGGCACAGUCAAACAUGAAAGAAAUGGAAAAACAUAUUAGCAGUCUUCAAGAGGAGGUAAAGGGUCAUCAAGAUAAGGCCACUGACCAUCAGCAAAUAGAAGAAUCGCUGAGAAACACAAUCUCAGAACUCAAGGUGGUACAAGAGGCACUGGAGCUGUCAAAGUCACAAGUGGCAGAUUUGGAACAGAAGCUUGCCUCCCAGGAUGCUGAUAUCAGUAAACUAACUGAAGAGUUGAAUCUCCAUUGUUCGUCUGAAGAAUCCCUUAAAGAGAAUAAUCUUAAACUACAGACUGAACUUACUACUGCGCUUGAGGAACUACAAUUAAAGCUUUUGAGUUUGCAGGAAAUGGAGACAAAACUUGAUGAGCAGUCAAAAGACAGACAAACAAGUGAGGCUGCACUAGAGAAGCAAAAUGAACAGCUACUCAUCUUACAGGCUGGGCUUGACAACUUGAAGGAUGAAAAUGAAAGUCUCCAAGGGUCACUUGCUGAUCUUAAUUCAAAACUUUCUGAGAAAGAUUUCAUGUUGCAUCAGGCAGAAGAUGAGCUUGCUAAAGCACAAUUGGUACUCUCAGAAGCACUGUCACAAAAAGAAGAGUUGGAGGUGAAUCUGAACUCUCUCAGUGAGCAGCAUGGUGAAUCCAAAGCUUUUGGAGAAAAUGCAAGUCAGAAGAUUAUUGAGCUUGAAGCACAAAUACAGGCAAUGCGUGCAGCUGAAGAGGCACUCAACCUAGAGCUAAAAGAAGCUGAGGCAAGUGUAAAAGCUGCUGAGAAGAAAGGCUCAGACCUUGAGCAACAACUCAGUGAGAUUGAGAGCAAAUUAGUUGCAUCAAGUGAAGAAAUAGAGUUGCUGAAAGAGCGUAUUCAACAAGAAGCUGCUGUAUCAGCAGAAAGAGGAAUGCAGCUUGAAGAAACAAUGACCAGUGCAGAGGGAUACAAAGAAAAAAUUAACGAGCUACAAUCCUCCCUAGAUUCCUCGAUGUCUAAAAACCAGCUACUUGAACAAGAAGUCAAGGAGCUGACUGAUAAAUGUUCAGAGCAUCAAGAACAAGCACAUUCAGUUCAGCAAAGAAGUCUGGAGCUGGAAGAUCUGCUUCACACAUCAAAGACUCAUGCUGAAGGUGCAUACUCUCGGACACAGGAACUGGAGCAGGAGCUGAACAGCACAUAUGAAAAGCUCAAGGGGGUUGAAGAAGAACUUGAGCAGUACAGAAGCAAGGCUUCGCAGCUCUCUGAUGAUCUAGAAGCUUAUCAGACAAAAGCAGCUAGUCUUGAAGCUGUGGUGGAAGCAGCAAGCGAGAAAGAGAAGGAGCUUAUGGAGUCAUUGAGCCAAAUAACUGAAGAAAAGAAGAAAAUUGAAGAACUGACUGCAGAAUAUGAAGCUAAACUUGAAGAGAGCUUGAAGGAAAAGCAAUCUCUUGAAGAGAACUUGAAGGAAAAGCAAUCUCUUGAAGAGAGUCUGCAACAAGAGCUGGUGAAAUUAAGAGAAGAAAACGAACACCAUCAAAACAACAUUGCUGAUCUGAACCUUCAGCUCUCCACUAAUAAUGACAUGCACAGUCAACUGGAGACCCAGCUAAAGGAGAUCAAUGAUGAUCAUAGCAAAACAAGAGCACUUCUCUUUGAAACACAAUCACACAAAGAAGAACUUGAGCUAAAUCUGAGAUCCCUUAAUGAUCUGCACACUGCAUCCAAAACAGCUGCUGAGUCCUCAAUGCAGAAAAUUUCAGAGUUUGAAACUCAUAUUCAGGAAUUAACUGCUUCAGAACAGAGUCUGAAGCUGCAGCUUAGCGAGUUAGAGUCUAAAUUAACAUCUGCUGAGAAAACGAGCAUAGACCUUGAGCAAGAGCUCAAAGCUGCUACAGGAGAGUGUAGUAGUUGUCAUGUGAAGAUUGAUGAACUUUCUGAGGAGCUUGAAGCAUACAAGCAUAAAUCAACUAGUCUCGAGACUUCAUUAGCAGAAGCAAAGGAAUUGGAGGCUGAGUUGUCAGAAAAGUUGGCUCAAGUUAAUGAAGAAAAGGAGAAGUUUGAAGAACUGUCAAAGAAAACAACCAUAAGGCAUUUGGAAGCAGAGAAACAGGUCCAAAUUUUGCAGGAUGAAUUGGAAUCUGUCCGUGGCAAAAUGCAAGAGGUGGAAAAUGAUUUGCAGUCUCUGGGUAUUAGAGAAAGCUCAGUGCUUGAUAAGCUUAAAUCUGCAGAAGAGCAGUUGGAGCACAAAGGCAGAGCGCUGGAACAUGCCACUUCCAAGACAUUAGACUUGGAAGCUCUGUAUCAGUCUUUACUUGAAGAUACAGAGACGAAGCUUCAACAGUCCGCAGACAGCUUGACGCAGAAGGAGACAGAGUGCCAGCAACUGUCUGAAAAGCUGAAGUUGGCCGAGGAAGAAGCAGCAUCUUAUCAAUCAAGAGCAACUGCAGCAACAGAAGAGGUGGAGGCUAUGAAAGUGGAGCUCGAAGCCUUUGAAUCAGAAAUUUCUACUCAUGAGGCCACCAUUGAAGAACUCAAGAUCAAAGUCUCUGAUUCUGAGUCAAAGGCGCAGCAGGCAUUAGCUGAGCUUGCAAUGCUCACUGGAACAAAUGAGACUCUGAAAGAGGAACUUGACGCUAAGCUAGCAAUGCUUCAUGAAGUUCAGGAACAGCUUAAUUCUACUCAUGUGGAGAAGGAAGAAGUUGCUGCCAAACUAGCUGAGCAUGAAAGAACAGUAGAGCAUUUAACUGAGGUGCACAGUAGAGGUAUAGAACUCCAAUCUGCAGCUGAAUCAAGGAAUGCAGAAAUUGAAGCUCAAUUGCGAGAAGCACUUGAGGCAGCAGGACAGAAAGAGGCUGAGUUGAGGAACUUGAAUGAAAAGCUGGUUGCACUCGAGUCCGAGAUUGAAAGUUUGACAGAUGUAAAUCAAGCCUUGAAACAGGAAAUCGAUGCUAAGCUGGUAAUGGUUGAUGAGCUGCAGGAGAAGUGCAGUUCUAUAAAUUCUGAGAAAGAAGAAGUUGCUGAGAAGCUGUCUAUUCAUGAGAGAAAGUUAGAGCAUUUGACAGAAGAACACUCAAGAGGUUUGGAGCUCCGAUCUGUAGUUGAAUCUAGGAAUGAAGAAAUUGAGAGUCAACUGCGUGAAGUUCUUGAAAAGGUAGCCCAAAAAGAAGCUGAAGUUACAGGCUUGACAGAGAAGCUGGCUUUGCUCGAAGCUGAGAAUGAAAAGUUGACUGGUGUGAACGAGACAUUAAAAGACGAAGUGGAUGCUAAGCUGGCCAUGUUUGAUGAGCUUCAGGAACGGUUUAGCUCUACUCAUGCUGAGAAGGAAGAAGUUGCAGAGAAGCUAGCUGUUCAUGAGAGGACAAUCUCACACCUGACAGAGGAACACACAAGAACCUUGGAGCUCCAUUCUGUAGCUGAAUCAAAGAACGGAGAAAUUGAAGCUCAGCUCCGUGAGGCUCUUGAGACAAUAGCACAGAAAGAAGGUGAAGCUAAAGAAUUGUGUAAGAAGCUGGAUGCCCUUGAAAUUGAGUUGGGAUAUUAUGAGGAGCAGGCAACUGAAGCUGCUGCUGCUGAAGAGAAUCAUAAGGUUAAAUUUGAUGAAGCUUCACAGAAGAUAAAAAUCUUGGAGGAACAACUUGCAGAGACACAGAGCAAGUUGGAGCAUUUCCUUAUAGAGAAGGAAAGCUUGACUCAAACAAAUAGUACUUUGAAUGAGGAGUUGGAAUUACAUCAGAACAAGUUGAACGAUUUACAACUUGCACUUGCUGCUGCAGUAGCAGAAAAGGAGGAGGCAUCUGAAGAGAUUCAUUCGCUUCAUAAAACGCUCGAUGGAAUGAUCGAGCACAAAGCAGAAUUAGAAAUACAGGUAUCUUCUACUAUACAAGAGCACGAAGAACUGAAGAGCAAGUACCAAAAUACAAUGGAAGAGAAACAGACGUUGAGUGAUAAAUAUGAAACCACAAAGAAAGAGCUCGAGGAUGCAAUAGCCAAGUUGGAGGAGGAAAUGAAUGUAGACAAGUCAGAAAAAGAGUCUCACAUCUCAAAACUGGAGCGACAGAUUACAUUAUCUGAGAUAAAGUACAUGGAGGAGAUAAAGACCAUGCAAGUGGAGACAACUGAAAAGAAUGAAGCACUAACAGCCAAGAUGCAGGAACACACAGACCUACAGCAUGAGAAAGAUGAGUUGGAACAACAGUUGCUGGAAGUGAGGAAGGAACUGGAUGGUGCCUACCACACCAUAGCAAAUCAGGAAGAACAGGCUUCUGUGAGGGAGAUAAAGUGGGACGCUUUUAGGAAGUACUCGGAGGAUCGUCUGGAAGCUGAGCAGCAGCGUGCUGAGGAGCUGGAACUACAAGUAGCAGCUCUUAAACAACAGCUCCAAGAAGCUGAGAUCCAUUAUAAGCAAAAGGAAGAACAAGUUUCUCUAAGGGAGGUUCAAUGGGAAGCGGAUCAAAAUCAUUCCCUGGAUGAGCUUAACGCUCAGCGUCAGUAUGCCACGGACUUGGAGAAACAAAUCGAAGAUCUGACACAGAAGUUAACAUCAGCUGAUGCACACUACAAGCAGAAGGUGACAGAAGAGAGGGACAAACUUGCCGAGGUCACCAAAGAGUUGAGCGAGUUGAAACAAAAAGUAAGCGAGAGUGUUGAAUUGGAGAGGAAGGUGCAGGACCUUGAGCAGAAGCUGCAGCUAGCUUAUUCCAAGUCUGACGAACAGGCAGUGGAUACUGUGGAGUCGAGAUCCCGUGAAUUCAGCCUGGAUUCAUCAACGAGUUCAGGCAAGCAGCAAGACAAAACUCAGGCUGUCUCACCAAACCCAACCCUGCAAGGAGUGCAAGAACCUUCCGGCAUCAUGGCCUUCAAGUUCAUCCUGGGAGUUGCCCUGCUGUCUGUCCUAAUCGGCGUGUUUCUUGGGAAGCGGUACUAGCGCUCAGGUCGUGCUGAAAGGGCUCAGCCAGCGGCAAGUUUGAAAGGAUUGGUGGCCUUGAUGGUAAUGGUUCGACGACUUCCUGGGAGAAGGGCUCAUCGGCGUGUUUCUUUUUGCCGUAAUUUUCACUUUUCGGGUAAGGGUAGGGGGGCCAAGGAAUUUGAUUUUUGAUCAUUCCUACCCUUUCAUGCAAAUGGCCAACUGCAUGCGACUGGUUUUGCCUACAGCAAGUUUCCGUAUACAUUUCUUGUCCGUAAAGAUCACAAGUCCAGCGACGAAACAUGAAGCAUUUGCUACUAUAUGUCUGUCUAUAUGCUCGUAUGGAGAGAGUGCAAGUUUUGCUACCUUGUACAGAUUCCACCAAUCCAGUGCUUUUGAUGAUUCAGAUUC